UUUUCCUUUUUUGUAAACGAAGGAAUAUUCAUAUGGAAAGGGAGAGGCGGGAUAGCAACAUUACUAAUGGACACUACAGUUACAAUACGAACGGGCAUUGUAGUCGGUUUUGCAACGAUUAUUGUGUAUCAGACGGAGAUAAUAUUCCUUCCGGCGGUUACAUUGAACAUUCUGUUUCCCGGUUCGAUACUCUCGCCGGCGUCGCCAUCAAGUACGGCGUCGAGGUAGCUGACAUAAAAAAGAUGAAUGGACUGGUUACAGAUACUCAAAUGUUUGCUCUUAAGACACUCCAGAUCCCUUUACCCGGGCGGCAUCCACCGUCGCCUUGCUUCUCCAAUGAAUCCCCGACUUCAGGGCAAAGCAGUGGCAACCGAACCCCGACGAAACAUUUCCCACCUGAUUGGCUCGAAUCAUUCCAGUCCUUGAGAUUGAAGAGUCCUCGGAAGGUGUCCCCAGCGUUGAGCUCGUUACAAGGUUACUAUGGCCUUAAAGCAACAGAAAAAAAGAUGAUGUCCAAAGUUUUUGAAAUGGCAGUAUACAGGAAAGGAGAAGCUGACUAUGUGGAUGAUGGUCAGUUCCUUGAACACUCUAACUCACUUUUGAGGCUUAAACGGAAGAGUAGAAGCGUAGCUAAUGGAUUUUAUGACAAGAAAGGUGAAAUCUUGGGGGAUAUCAUGUCUGCGGGAGAAGCCAAAGACGGUGAACCUGAUAAAUCCAACGAGAAACUGAUUAGAAGACGGCAGAAAUCCGAGGCUGACUUUACUGCCCGUCUGUUGAAGGAUGAAAACAACAGCAAUGGUGGUGGAGGGCUCUCAUUAUCGAAACGACUGGCACCGAGAUCAAAAGGUGGAAACCGCAUGAGUUCAGGGGCAGUGGCGGAGGUUGAGGCGGAGGUUGAGGCGGGGAGGUUCAAUCUCACAUCAACAACCGUAGGAGAUGAAUUGGAUGGAUUUGAAGUGAGGAAGUCAUCAAGCACAUCGUGUUUGCAUGAUCAUGAGGAGAACGGCAGCAGUAUUGCUAGUAGUAGUUUGACAUCACUGUGGCCAGUGUCAGCUCGUAAAAGCAAAACCGCGCUUGAUUAGCUUCACUAGAGUAGAGUCAAAUGCCAUC